AUGAAGGACAAUGAAUCCUUGAGGGAGUUCGUGAAACGAUUUGGCCAGGCUGUCCUGCAAGUAGAAGCUUGCAGCAUGGACGCUGUCCUACAAAUCUUCAAGCGAUGUAUUUGCCCAGGCACUCCAUUUUUUGAGUCACUGGCUAAAAAGCCUCCCAUGACGAUGGACGACUUGUUUCGACGUGCAAACAAAUACUCAAUGCUCGAAGAUGACGUACGGGCAGCUACCCAGCAAGUAUUGGUUGCCGGACAAUCGUCCAAGGGUAGCACAGAGGGAAGCACUAAACCUCCGGACAGGCCAAGACCAUCCGAUCGAAGGCAAGAGGGGCCAAGCCGCCCGGAGAUGCCACCUCUCACACCACUCUCUAUAACUUAUGAGAAGCUUCUCCCUAUGAUCCAGAACUUGUCCGAUUUCAGGUGGCCCAGACCCCUCGGAUCGGAUCCAUCCAGGAGAGAUCAUAGCAAAAAAUGUGCUUACCAUAAGGAGCAUGGCCAUACAACGGAGACGUGCAGAAGCCUCCAAUAUUUGGUGGAAAGACUUAUAAAGGCGGGUCAUUUAAGGCAAUACCUCCGUUCAGAUGCUAGAGAUGGGGAUGCCUCCCGGGGUCGCGACUCUGGGGCCCCCACGGCUCCAGCCCCCCCAAAGCCGUCAUAA